AUGGAGCUGCACAAACACAGUCUUGCCUUCCCUCUCGAUGAUCUAGCAGCCCUCUCGUCGACCCAGCUCGCCCUCGUUCAGUUCCACCCUGAGGCGUCUCCCCUCGUUGAAGAGCGUGCGAGGGUCGAAUUUGUUCGCCGCAGGGCUGCAUGGCUUGAGCGGGAGAAGCAGAAGCUUGAGGCGGAGGAGAAGCCGGUCGUCGCAGUCAAGCAGGAGGUGGUCGACGCUGGGGUGACCGCUCUUGCAGGAGGAGCGAGCGUUGAGGACCUUGGUGCGGUCAAGAAGGAGGCAACCGAGGUUCUCACGCUGGACGACGACGAUGAAGAAGUCGAGGUGUUCACGCUGCCAAAGAAGGGCAAGGCGCCGAAGGAAGUCAGGAAGAGGAAGGCUUCGCUUUCAGGGUCUCCCUCAAGCGCUUCGAAACGCUCUCGAGCAGCCGUCGUCGCUCUGAAUCCGACGCCUACACCUACACCACCUCCCCCUCAGCCCAAAAUCGCCAGCAUUCUCUCCGGCCUGUCGUUUCGCAAGAAGAAGUCCUCAGCACCAGUCGACGCAAACCCAGCCAUCGACCACGAACCGCUGCCUUUCGGUCUUCCCGGCGUAGGCACGACGGGCACUCCGCCUGAGCCGUCGCCCAAACCUAAGGCUGCAAGGCCCGUUGUCGAGUUCCCGGUCGACCUCCUCUACCGCUCAAGUCGCCGCCAAUCCUCUCCUCCUCCGACUGUUCCGGCCCGACCUGCACUCGUCAUCGCGCCAAACCCUCUCCUCUCGCGAGCUCUCACGCAAAACAUGAGUGUCCCAAAGGACGAGGCGGAUCACCAGUUUCUUUUCCGCCCGCCGCCGUCCUUCCCUGUCUUUAGCCCCUUUCCUCCGAAUGCCGCCGAGAAGGGCACCGACCCGCUCCCGACCGCUCUCGUUGACAAGUUCGUCACUGUCGCGUUCGACGGCCUUUCGACGUCGGUCAUUAAGGAGCUCCUGCUCCGCUUCCUCUACCGCAACCAGCACCGUCUCGCUCGGCGGCCUCUCGCGAUUAUGCGCUCUGCGCACUUUGAGGAGGAGCAACAAUGGAAAGACGUCGGCUGGACCUGGGACGCUACGAGCGAAGAGGUCCGGAAGAUCUGGUGGAAGGCUCGCGAUAUACCGUACUCGCGGGUCUGUCCUCGCUACGAUGCCUCCAAGGCUGACGAGCGCAUCAUCAGCGAUGAGUACCAUAGCGAGGCGGACCGGAUCCUCUCGCGGACCACGCCGGUAGGAUUCGCUCGCGACCUGGCGCAAUACCUUCACGAGGAGAAGGAGGUCGUCUACGACGAGCGCCGUAGCGCUUGGAUACGGUGGACGGAACGGUCGGACAAGGAGGAGGCGCUUGCAGCGGGGGAGAAGGAGCCAGAGUGGCCGACGUGGCCGAAUGACGCGGCGGUCAUCCUCAGGGCCACGAAGCGUCUUCUUGCCGGGAUCGGGCGCUGGGAGGCGGAAGCGGAUCGGCUGGCCGAAGAGAAACGCGACAAGCAGAUACUCGUAUCGCGGGAGCGCCUCUUCGCCUCGCGACAAUCGAUAUUUGCGCCGGCCGCGGUAGCAAUCUCAAACAACGCGAUCACCUCGACCUCCUUGCCGGUUUCUGGAAUCACGCCGUGGGAAACAUCGUCAACACGUCCGGACAGUAUCACUCUUCUCGGCACGGCGACUGCGCAAGCGACCUCGGCAGUACCAUCGACUCCGCCAAAGACCGUCGUUUCACCAUCCGCUCCUCCCCCUCCUCGCAAGUCGACCAAUAAUGCCUUCCCUUUCUGA